UGUCUCUUGCAUCCAGAUUCGAAUCCUAUCGUAAUCCGACAAGCCUCUCCUACAUUCGUAGACAAUGAAGAAGACAAGGGUCACAGUCCACAUGAGCUGGCCUGAAAUGGUCCAUUUCAGUUUUACGCAUCAAAUGGCCCCAAAUCGAUCUCGUUAACCUGUUUAGCUGCUUAAAAUCACGCAAUCCAAUGUACGAUCCGAUAAUGCGGUAGGGACGGCAAGUACCCAAAUGGGAAUCUGCGAUGAAAUCAAUAGAAGUUCAUCCAAACAAUCCUCAGAAUCAGCGAAACUAAAGAGCUAUGAAGUUCGUGAGACGGGUAGUGUUGUGCAGAAUUCAAAUGACAGAUUGUCGGUUCGAUUUCGAUCUUCCACGAAUUACCAGAAGCGACGAUCUGGGGCCGACGAGCUCGUGAAGUAUAUGUCGGAUUUGCCAUGUUAUCUCCAAUGUGCGGAGAGAGGAGUCGGCGUUGAAAGGAAGGCUUUGAAUGUUGGAGUUCUCGAUUGGGGUCGUCUUGAAAGAUGGAAGUACGAGCAAGAAAGGGCGUCGUGCUGGAGUGAGGUGAAUUCGCCGUCUGAUAGUGAUACAUGCUCAUCGUCAUUCUCGGCUAUUGGAUCGUCUGUUUUAUCCAGUAGAAGUAAAUCCAACACGAGCUCUCUUCUUCGAAUGAAAAAACAAUCAAUUUCUUUGAAGGACCUUAUGAGUUCGUCGAUGGGAGAUUGCGACCGCGAUUCUGGCGCAUUGGAUGAAAAGAACUCUAAGCAGAAUGCUGUUUCAGAGGUUGUUUGGCGGAAGACGCGCCGUCUGCCAGAAACAAGAAAUUCAUCGUCGGAUUCGAAGGGCAAUGAGGCUGCUUUCUGUUCAAAAGAAAAGAUGAAAACCCAGCAAUUCCAUGAAUUGGGUUUCCGGCCUCCUGAUGAACUGUGUGGUGGCAUCCUCAAUACAGCCAUUGAGGCUGGGGAUUGCAAGAUCUUUUCAGAAAGCUCUGAUUUUCAUCUCACCAUUCCAUUUCCUGGCGUUCCGUACUCGUGCCCACUCCCUUGCAAUUCCCAAAUCAGCGAAUCAUUAGGUAUUGAAUAUGGUAGUCUUGACAGUGCCCGUCCCAUGAAAUUUCCGUUGCACCGAUGUGGCUCACUCCGAAAUCCAGGCGAAACACCAACCAUUCGAUCCCAAGGUAAAUACGAAGAACAGAACCGUUAUGCUUUGAAGCCUGUGAAGCUCUCCGGUCUGAAAGAAGCAAAAGCAGCCAACGCAAAUAGAAGAGAUCCAUCGCCUUCUCCUCGUCGGCUAAUUGCCAGUUUGAAGAAUUCAAAUUUUUUUAAGGCUAAUGCUUCUAUCCAGUUGGACAAUUCAUGCAGAGAAGAUAAACGGAAUUCCAGCGGCCGAUCUAAAUCUAGCCCAUUGAGAAGGAUACUAGACCCGCUACUAAAGCCCAUGACAUUCGAACACCUUAGUUUGGAUACCCAAAAGCCUUUCUCACACAAGGUGUCCGCAUCAGUAGAAACUGCUUGCAAGCAAUCCAGUGCAAGUUUAAGAUCUCAGGCAAGCCAACCCAGCGAGAGAAACUCAAAUUCUGCCACUUGGGUUCUUCCCAAAUCCCAUGAUUUGCAUCAAGAUCAGAAGCGGAAAUCACCAUUGACGCACGCACUUCUGCAAGUCUCUUGCAAGAAUGGGCCGCCUUUAUAUACAUUCACAUUUGAUAGCUGUGAUAUUCUAGCAGCGACAAUGACGAAGGUAUGCAUCUCUGGGACAGAUGAUUUCGAAUGGAUUUACACAUUUUACUCUGUUCAUGAAGUUAAGAAGAAAAACGGAGGAUGGACGAAUCAACGCAGUAUAGGAAAACAACAGUAUAUUUCUAACGUUGCCGGUCGAAUGAAGGUUUCGUAUUCUCAAUGCCCAAAUUACAUGGUGAUAGAAUCUGUUCUAUCCGGCUUCGGACUAGAACAGGUGGGCCAUGGAACUUCAGAUAGUCCACUGGACUGUGAACUCGUAGCCAUUGUUGUUAAGGUCCCAAAAGAGAAGAUGGUAGGAUUCAAUGGUGAUGGACUGAAGGGAGGUGAUUGCAGAGAUUUAUCAGAUUGUCGGCUGCCCAAGUGUUCAUCACAAGAAAAUUCACAGAUUGGAAUGUAUUUAGAAAGCCAAAAUCUUUCUAGCAUUGAAAUUGUACUCCCCAGUGGUGUUCAUGGCAUGCCUGCUACUGGAGUCCCUUCGGGCUUGAUCGAUCGAUGGAAGUCUGGUGGGUCAUGUGAUUGUGGAGGUUGGGAUGUGGGCUGUCCGCUGAAGAUUCUCUCUGUCCAGGAUCAACAUCGUAAAGGCUUAAAUCUGUCACCAGAUCAUUGUGUCUCAGGAGACAGUCAUCAAGUCGAUCUAUUCAUUCAGCAGGGUGGAACUAAAGAAAAUAAGCAUGUUUGGAGCUUGGCAGCUUUCAGGGAAGGGCUAUACACCGUCAAUUUCGAUAGGUCCAUCUCUUCACUUCAAGCCUUCUCCAUUUCUAUUGCAGUCCUGCAUUGUAGACAGCCUUCCAAUCUCCCUGAGGUGCGUGGCGCACUCAAUGGGAAAGCUUACCGACAACCCACAUCAAGAAAAGAUGAUGGAAUGAAGAUUCCCACAAGUUCUCAAAGAGAAGCUCCUCCGAGUCAUGUAUCAUAUCCACCUCUUUCUCCUUUUGGGAGGGUCUAGUGCUUGCUGAUCAGCUGCUGCGUAACUGGGCUUCACUCAUCAGUCAUCAGAGGAAUCAACAGAGAGCGGGCCACCCCACAAUGAGUGUAUUCCAUUUGUAUUCACGAUGGCAGUGAAAAUGUGGGAGCAGAGUCCAAAAGUCCCAAAUCCACCAUUCACUCUCCAGUUUUAGCUGAUUCAUGUUGCCAUUCGCUGUCCCGUAAAUGGGCCCCCUAGCAAUGGUCAUUGGUGGCCUCCACUUGCAAAACCAAUGCCGAAAAGGCCACCAUCGAAUGGCUAUCUUCCAUUGUUAAUCACCCAUGUCACUGACAUGUGAUAGCAAUUAGGAAGCCUCUUUCGCACGUUGGGAGGGCCUAGUGCUUCCUGAUUCAACACUGAAAAUGUGAUUAGCUAUCUUGUAAUUGGGGCCCUGUAAGUCUGUGAUCAGAAACUUCCGAUUGGCGAAGGGAAGCAAGUGGGCCACCCCCUAAUCCUUACCCUCCAUGAAAGUCAAAGAGCCCCUCAUCCCACAUCAUUCUCCUGUUCGAAGGUUCAAAUGCUUGUCGACCCAUGACAUGAUCAUCUUUCUCAUAAUUGGUCCCCACAUCUAUGUUCCGAAACAACCAAUUGGCACGGCAACAUCAAGCGGCCCGAUCUUCCAUUUUGUAGUCACCUUCUUCACUGAAAUGUGGUAGCAGGUAGAAGAGAAACGGACAUUGGAAGAGAAUGGUGAGACUCCUGGUAUUACUUUUCUAUAUUCGUAUCAGUUGUAGAAUAGGUAUCAUAAUUACCCAUGUACACAAUGUGAUAAUCAUCGCAUCCGAUGCUAUUUUGUAAUCAAGGGUGUGUUUGGUUGCAUCAAAUAUCAUGAUAUUUUGGUGCAUCUACAGUCAGCCUAAAAGAGUAGAAAGAAUGUCUCUGCCUUCUUUGGCUAACAUUAGUUAAAUCUUGCAUGCAGUUGCUUACAAACUUCUUGAAUUUUCAAAAGUUUGUUUGGAUGCUCAAUUGCACUAAAUUGCAGUGAUGCAACUCAAUGUAAAUGAAAUGGCCAAAGUGCUCAUAUGAAUGUGGAGGAUUUUGGGACCAUAUAAAUGUCAAGGUUUUUGAGUGGUUGUUUA